AUGAAGAGUGUUCAAGUGAUCCGUCUGCAGCCUGAUGAGUGGCAAACUCAUGAUGCCGGCGAAUUAGACGCAGCUGCCGCAUUGCUUAUGCUGCGCUAUCAGUACAACAUCAAGAUCCAAAGAGUUGGUGCUGCAACUGAAGAUUCCGACGAUACGAAGCCGCCAUCGCCAGCUCCACCGCCGCCACCGGCUCCGGUGACAGCCACUGUCGUGGUGCCCAAGGCAGGCAUCUCUGCUGCAGCCGUCAACAACAACGGGAACGCAAAGGUAAUCUUGGCGGGUAAACCAAAUCUGGUCAUCAUAGCCAAGCCAAAAGCAGCCACGGCUGCUGCACCAUCCAAUAUGGUGGUUAUCUCCAAGCCAAAGGCAAUAAUUGCUCGCCGAGCUCUACCGGCUGCUACUGUCAAAUCAUUCCCAGCUUGUGGUCCGAAACCAACAACAGUUGCUGCUCUCAAGCUAUCUCCAAAGGCUGCUGCUGCUGCUAAGCCAAUUACAGUUGCUGAUUUUAAGCAAGCUAUGAUUACUGGUGCCAAAAUAAUUCCAGUUGCUGUUCCUAAGCAUAUUACAAUUGCUGGUCCCAAGCCAGUUCCAGUUGCUGCUCCUAAGCCAAUGGCAGUUGUUGCUCCCAAGACAAUGGCAGUUGUUGCUCCCAAGCCAAUGGCAGUUGCUGCUUCUAAGCCAAUGGCAGUUGCUGCUCCUAAAGUUGUGCCAGUCGUGGCAACCACAUCGGCAGUUACUGCUCCCACAGUUAUUACAGUUGCUGCUCCUAUUGCAUUGCCAGUCGUCGCCUCCACAUCGGCUGCUGCUGCCGCCGCUGCCGCCAAAGCAGCUGAACAGGACUACACUACACCCAAGGAUCAAAUUCGUCCAGCUGUCAAGGUCGCCUCAUCGCAGCCGCUGAAGAAACGCGCUUUGCCGCCGUAUUUGCUGCGUUACGCCAUGACUCCAGACUGCGCCACAACUGUGACCGACAACAUCAACACUACUCAAGCUGCUCCCAGCACAUCUCAGGCUGCUGCUAUCACUGAGAUUCAGACUCAAACUCAAGCUGCUGCUACCACAUCUCAGGUGGUUGUCACCAUUGCUCAGGCUGCCAACACAACUCAGGCUGCCGCUCCAGUUGUUGCUGCUCCGAUUGCUGCUGCUCCGGUUGUUACUGCUUCGAUUGCUGCUGCUCCAGUUGUUACUGCUCCGAUUGCUGCUGCUCCGGUUGCUACCACAUACCACGUUGCUACCAGGAAAUCUGUGGCUGCUGCUGCUGCCAAGUCCCAGAUUGCUGCUGCUAAAACUCAGAUUGCUGCUACCAAAACUGAGAUGGCUGCUGUCAAAACUAAGAUUGCUGCUGCCAAAGCUAAGGUUGCUGCCACCACCACUAAAGCUGCUGCUGCUGCCAAGCCAGCUCAGGCUGCCGCUAGCACAUCUCGUCGGGCAAGCACUUCUCUUCCGACAUCUCGUGCCGCUUCUCGCGCUGCCUCUCGUGCUGCCAGCGCUUCUGGAUCGGCCAGCACUUCUCGUGCCCCAAGCACUGCCCGUGCUCCGACCACUGCUCGUGCUGCCACAAACGGCACACGUGCCACUGCCGCCGCCGUGGUCAAGGCCAAGGACAAGGUGCAUGGCAAUGAGUGCAACGCUUCGCUGUUGAAGUCGUGCCGCAACAUGAUUCGUGAGUUCCUCGAGAGUCAGAAUGCCUACUGA